CAUUCCAACAUGGCCGUCCUGUCCAAGUUCGCCCCGGCGCGGGAUCGCCUUUCCACCGCAUCAAUCACAGCCAUUGUCAAUAACUUCACCAAAAUUUACCUGGAGCAUCGGACACGUAUUUCGCGCGCUGUUUAUCUUACCCUCUUUGUUGCCCUCAUCAACCGAAUCCGCAAUGCGAUUGCUGAGCAGAAAGCCGCGUCCGCGCGCGCCGCUUCCCGCAACACGUCCACGACGUCGGGCGCCGGAGAAGCGACUGGGCGCAAGAAGGUCGAGCUCAAUCGAGAAUUUUUCAAGAAUCUGCUGCGUCUGUUGAAGAUCUGUAUACCUGGGUGGAGGAGCAAGGAGUUCAGGUUGUUAAUCGGCCAUAGCGUGUUCUUGGUGUUGAGGACAAUGAUCAGUCUGUAUGUGGCUGAAUUAGAUGGUAAGCUGGUCAGCAGCUUGGUUAGAGGGAAGGGAAGAGAUUUCCUGGUGGGAUUGGUUUGGUGGAUGACAGUUGCUAUACCUGCCACAUUCACCAACUCCAUGUUAUCAUACCAUCAGUGUAAACUCUCUCUGCAAUAUCGGACACGACUCACGAACUAUGUACACAACAAAUACCUCUCGCAUAUGACAUUCUACACGCUUUCUGCGCUCGACGACCGAAUCAAGAACGCGGACCAGCUCAUCACGGUUGAUGUCGCCAAGUUCUCAAACAGCUUGGCGGAGCUGUACUCGAACCUGGCGAAACCGGUUCUGGAUAUGAUAAUAUACAACUAUUCUUUGUCUCGUUCUGUGGGUGGGGAAGGCCUCUUCUUCAUGUCUCUUCUGGUGCAGCUUUCUGCCAACGUUAUGCGCGCCCUCACACCACCAUUUGGCAAAUAUGUCGCGGAUGAAGCUCGUUUAGAGGGUGAAUUCAGAUUCCAACACUCUAGAUUGAUCGAUAAUAGUGAGGAAGUGGCUCUUUAUCACGGACACGAAGCAGAAAAAGAUACACUGGACAAGGGGUAUUUCACGCUCAUCAAACAUGUCAACCGGAUCUUGCGAAGAAGAUUUUACCAUGGUAUUAUGGAGGAUUUCGUCAUCAAAUAUUUCUGGGGUGCUCUGGGUUUGCUGCUUUGUAGUGUACCCGUAUUCUUCAAAGUGCCAGGAGCGGGCGCGAAGAGUACGGGAGAUCGGACAGAAAGCUUCGUCACUAAUCGUCGUAUGCUUCUCAUGUCCUCUGAUGCCUUUGGACGUAUCAUGUUCUCCUAUAAAGAGAUCUCCGAGCUGGCGGGCUACACUUCCCGUGUCUCAACCCUCCUCGAUGUCAUAGAUGACAUCCAAGCCGGCCAUUUCGAGAAAAAGCUUGUCUCAUCCGCUGAUACAGAAGAAAAUGCGGCUGUUUUGCGUGGCCGGGGAACCGUCACUGAAGGUGAAGACAUCAUGUUCAAAGACGUUCCCAUUGUCUCCCCCAAUGGCGAUGUACUCGUUCGGAAACUCACCUUCACCGUUAGGCCUGGCGAUCACCUCCUCAUCGUCGGUCCAAACGGCUGCGGUAAAAGUAGUCUUUUCCGAAUCCUCGGUGGUCUCUGGCCCGUCUACGGUGGCACAGUGCGGAAACCUCCGUUCGAGGAUAUCUUCUAUAUCCCACAGCGCCCUUAUCUCUCACGCGGUUCACUUCGCCAGCAAAUCAUAUACCCCGACUCCUUGCGGGAAAUGCACGACAAAGGAAUCACGGACGCUGAUCUUCUUUCCAUCCUUGAGGUUGUAGAAAUCGAGUCUAUUGUUGAUCGACCCGAUGGCUGGGAUGCCGAGCAAGAAUGGACGGAUGUCCUGUCUGGUGGCCUGCAACAACGCGUUGCUAUGGCGCGUUUGUUUUAUCACCGACCAAAAUACGCCAUUCUAGAUGAAUGUACGAGCAGUGUCACACUAGAGAUCGAGAGAGUAAUGUAUGAGGAGGCGAAGAAGCUCGGCAUUACGCUCAUGACUGUGAGUCACAGGCGAAGUCUCUGGAAGUACCACGAGCGAAUCCUGCAGUUUGAUGGACAGGGCGGAUUUGUCUUUGCAGAGCUUGAUGCAGAGAGAAGAUUGGUUCUUGAGGAUGAGAAAGAAGAAAUCGAAUUGCAGUUGAGGGCGGUACCCGAGAUUGAAGAGAGGAUAAGAGAAUUGACUUCAACCCAGUGA